GUGGCUCCCCGCGCCCCGCUCCCGCAGUGUCCCCGCGGACCCCGGCGCCCCGGCUCCCCGGAGGUGGGGGGACUGCACUUCGGCGGAGUUGAAUGAAUGAAGGGAUCGGAGAAGGAGAUCUGACGGGCUGGAUUCCCAAUUGCUUUAAAAAAAAAAUCUUGGAAACUUUAGCCUACGCUGAAUUACGACACUGUCCACCUUUAAUUUCCUCGAAAACUCCAAUAACUCGGCUGAAGCCAUGCCUUGUGUUCAGGCGCAGUAUGGGUCCUCGCCUCAAGGAGCCAGCCCCGCUUCUCAGAGCUACAGUUACCACUCUUCGGGAGAAUACAGCUCCGAUUUCUUAACUCCAGAGUUUGUCAAGUUUAGCAUGGACCUCACCAACACUGAAAUCACUGCCACCACUUCUCUCCCCAGCUUCAGUACCUUUAUGGACAACUACAGCUCAGGCUACGACGUGAAGCCACCUUGCUUGUACCAAAUGCCCCUGUCCGGACAGCAGUCCUCCAUUAAGGUAGAAGAUAUUCAGAUGCACAACUACCAGCAGCACAGCCACCUGCCCCCUCAGUCCGAGGAGAUGAUGCCGCACUCCGGGUCGGUUUACUACAAGCCCUCUUCGCCCCCGACCCCCAGCACCCCGGGCUUCCAGGUGCAGCACAGCCCGAUGUGGGACGACCCGGGGUCCCUCCACAACUUCCAUCAGAACUACGUGGCCACGACGCACAUGAUCGAGCAGAGGAAGACGCCCGUCUCCCGCCUUUCACUCUUCUCCUUUAAGCAGUCGCCCCCGGGCACUCCCGUGUCCAGCUGCCAGAUGCGCUUCGACGGGCCUCUGCACGUCCCCAUGAACCCGGAGCCCGCGGGCAGCCACCACGUCGUGGACGGCCAGACCUUCGCCGUGCCCAACCCCAUCCGCAAGCCGGCGUCCAUGGGCUUCCCGGGCCUGCAGCUCGGCCACGCGUCGCAGUUGCUCGACACGCAGGUGCCCUCGCCGCCGUCGCGGGGCUCUCCCUCCAACGAGGGUCUGUGCGCUGUCUGCGGCGACAACGCGGCCUGCCAGCACUACGGUGUCCGCACUUGCGAGGGCUGCAAAGGUUUCUUUAAGCGCACGGUGCAGAAAAACGCGAAAUACGUGUGUUUAGCGAAUAAAAACUGCCCAGUGGACAAGCGCCGCCGAAAUCGUUGUCAGUACUGUCGAUUUCAGAAGUGCCUGGCCGUUGGGAUGGUUAAAGAAGUGGUCCGCACGGACAGUUUGAAAGGCCGGAGAGGUCGUUUGCCCUCGAAACCCAAGAGCCCGCAGGACCCCUCUCCCCCCUCACCUCCGGUGAGUCUCAUCAGUGCCCUCGUCAGAGCCCACGUCGACUCCAAUCCGGCUAUGACCAGCCUGGACUAUUCCAGGUUCCAGGCAAACCCUGACUAUCAGAUGAGUGGAGAUGACACCCAACAUAUACAGCAGUUCUACGAUCUGCUGACUGGUUCUAUGGAGAUCAUCAGAGGCUGGGCAGAGAAGAUCCCUGGCUUUGCUGACCUGCCCAAAGCUGAUCAGGACCUGCUUUUUGAAUCAGCUUUCUUAGAAUUGUUUGUUCUGCGUUUAGCAUACAGGUCCAACCCAGUGGAGGGUAAACUCAUCUUUUGCAAUGGGGUGGUCUUGCACAGGUUGCAAUGCGUGCGUGGCUUUGGGGAAUGGAUUGAUUCCAUUGUUGAAUUCUCCUCCAACUUGCAGAAUAUGAACAUCGACAUUUCUGCCUUCUCCUGCAUUGCUGCCCUGGCUAUGGUCACAGAGAGGCACGGGCUCAAGGAACCCAAGAGAGUGGAAGAACUGCAAAACAAAAUUGUAAAUUGUCUGAAAGACCAUGUGACUUUCAAUAAUGGGGGCUUGAACCGACCCAACUACCUGUCCAAACUGCUGGGGAAGCUCCCAGAACUCCGCACCCUUUGCACACAGGGGCUUCAGCGCAUUUUCUACCUGAAAUUGGAAGACUUGGUGCCACCACCAGCAAUAAUUGACAAACUUUUCCUGGACACCUUACCUUUCUAAGACCUUCUCCCAUGCACUUCAAAGAACUGGAAAGGAAACAUCCAGAGGGAGCUGGUCACGUGGGCAGAGAGCUGGCUGAAGUGUCCAGUUCAUGCCAUCUCCCUUCUGUAGACCCCUAGCCCUCACCCCUAAAGUAAACAAACAAACAAACAAACAAACAAACAAAAACUGUCGCUAUUUCCUAACCUGCAGGCAGAACCUGAAAGGGCAUUUUGGCUCCGGGGCAUCCUGGAUUUAGAAAACGGACAACACACAGUACAGUGGUAUAAACUUUUUAUUAUCAGUUCAAAAUCAGUUUAUUGUUCAGAAGAAAGAUUGCUAAUGUAUGAUGGGAAAUGUUUGCCCAUGCUUGCUUGUUGCAGUUAAGACAAAUGUAACACACACACACACACACACACACACACACACACACACACA